ACAUUUUUGAGACACCCUGUAUAAGAAAUAUUUGAAUUUAGCACAAUGUACAAAAGCAGUUCAUAUACGUCACUAUAGUGUCAAGUAUAGUAGUAGUAAUGUACCGAAGUGUCCGAAGUACUAUCCUACUACACGCUACAUGGAAGAUCAUUGAAGAUCAUGGCGGCCAUUAUUAAAGACACCGGUGAAAUUUGGAGCCGACUUUUUGAUCAUCGACCGUUUACCCAAGGUGAAAUCUCCUUCUUCCUGCGGGAAUUUCAGGAGAAGAGAGGUGACAGGGAGGUGGAACGACUUUUCAAAAUACUUGAAUACUCAACAGAAUUGAAGGAAAAUGAACUUGAUCGAACAGAGCAACUUGGGGAUUGCCAUUUGCCUAGCUUAAAAGCAAAUGUUGAUGUUGCACUGAGUAUGUGCGAGAAAGUUCUUCAAAGGGAACAUAAUUUUGACAUUGAUAUAGCAUUACAAGAAAACAGGGAAAUAAGAAAAUUUGAGUGGGAGAAGUUUGUCAAUGAUAUGAGUAAAAAGUGUGAAAAAGUAAAUAAUAUUUUCGAAGAAAAGGAGAACGAAAUAAAAGAAUUUUAUGACGAUCUAGAAAGAAAGUUACAUAUUACACCAUAAAGAAUCUAUUAUUAUAUUAUUAUAUCACUCGUAAUAAUAUUUUCUACUCUGUAAUAGCUAAUAUAAUAUAAAGUAAUUCCAACUCUGCA